GUCCGCCCAGUCCUUCUCCCUCUCUUUCCUGUCCUCCCCCACGCGUGCGCCUCCUUCCUCCCUUCCCUCUCCCCGGCGGCGGCUGCGGCGGACGAACCCGAUCGCAAGGAACAAUGUCGUUCAAAUGCGUUGUUGGCGCGACGGUUGCUUCCUUGGGCAUUGCGUAUGUGUGCGACACGGCUGUUUCUGACAAGAAGAUUUUUGGAGGUACCGUUUGCAAGACAGCCACUGACAAGGAGUGGCAGCAAGCCACGGACGCCAAGCUCCAGGCCUGGCCUCGCACCGCUGGACCACCGGUCAUCAUGAACCCCAUCAGCCGCCAGAACUUCAUUGUCAAGCCCUCUGACUAGGCGGUCGCAAGCUGGAUCAGCGUCUUACUUCCACCAUGGAGCCAAAGUUUCUUUUCUAGGUCUUGAAAUCCUAAUAAAAGGGACUAAAGUUGGGAUAUCAUUUUUGCACUUGUCACUGUCGUGAUCAACUUCAGGGCUUACCGGUUCACUUUGUCUUUUGGUUGAUUCUGUUCCUUGGUGGAAAUUUCCACCAUGCCGUAAAUAAUAGCUUUGUUUUCCUACAAUCAUAUGGUGUCUCUAAGCAAAUUUGAUGCAUCGAGAUUGUUUUCAGAUGUUUCCUUUUUAUUGCUCGGCAGUGAGAUUGUUUUGUUUUGAUUGUUACUCCUAUUCAACAUUGCAAACUAUGAUUGUUCUCUCAGUUGAUGCCAGCUUCCUGUGCCAUGCUGUUGAGAAUGCAAAGGUCUUGCAAUGCAUCUAUUCCCA